CUCAGCUUGUUUAGCGGGCCAUCUGAAGUUUUCACGCUAAUUAUUGUCUGAUGUUUCCCCUGCAGCUCGUCGGAACUGCCCCUGAUCUGCAGUUACCCAGUGGGGAGCUCGAAUGGUAGUUCCUCUCAACGUUCCGCCUGAGGAGACGCAUAUCGUUGUGAAUGUGCAAAUAUUCGACCUUUGCGAUCCGAAAUGAGGGGUUUACUGACAACUACGAUCAUUGCAGCAGCAAGUACUGUUGCACGAUGCUGGGAAUAUGUAGAUGAGCCGGACUUCUUGCGAGCCGUGUCGGACCACAACCCAGUUUUGGUUGCCUUUGUUGAGCCUUCAACAGCUUCCAGUCAAGCCCUCGAGUCCGAAUGGACGUCAGUCGCCAAAUCGGAGAAGGCUUUGGUCACCGUCGACUGCAGUACCAAGACCCAGCUAUGCAAGGACUACGAAGUCAUUUCGUAUCCCGCGCUGCGUUACUUGGACGGUCACGGCAAGAUGAUCUCUUACCGUGGGCCCAGGACAGCUUCGUCAAUCAUCUCAUUUCUUAGAAGAGCUGCACGGCCGGCAGUAACUCCACUGAAUGCCAAAAAGAUUACGGCCUUUCAGUCAAUCGACGACACUGUUAUUGUGGCUCACAUCAACCCCAAAGAUGAGCAUAUCAAGACCCAAUUCCAGACGAUCGCGCGCGCACUGAAAGAUCGUGCAUCAUUCGGGUCAUUGGAAACCACGGGUGCUAGCUCCGUUGUUUGCUACAGCAAUCAAGACGAUGAACAGUCCGUCAUCUCGGACCUCACGGCGAUUGAAUCCCUGGACAUGUUCAUUCGAGGCUGCAUGACACCCCUGAUUGGAGAGUUCACCCGACGAUCGGAGUUGAAGUACCUCCAAGCCGGGAAAUCUAUCGUUUACUACUUCGCUACGGAUCUUCAACGGCAAAACUCAUACGUCAACAUGAUGAGACCAGUUGCGAAGAAGUACCGGGAGUACCUUAGCUUCGUCACCGUCGAUGCCAAUGAGUAUGGAGACAUGGCACUCGCUCUGGGGAUACCAGCAGAGUCAUUCCCAGCAAUCUCUGUGCAGAAUCCGAUGUACGGACAAGUCUUCCCACUCGAUACGGCAGCCGAGAUCACCCCUGAAACCAUCGAGGCUUUAGUUUUGGAAAUUGCGUCUGGCAAGAGGUCGCCCUGGGAUGGGACUUCGAGCUCACCAGGGAUGGGGCACUCUCAUGAUGAGUUGUGAGACUCCUCGUUUGUACAUAUGUCUUAUUGAGGCGCUUCGUCUUCAUGUAACCCUGAGCCGGGCAUACUUAUCUUUCUCCUCUUCUGUAUACAUCCGGUCCUCAUGCUCCGUAACCCCAUCGCUCCGCAAACGACCACUCUCGACACACUUCUUGAGUGCUAGGGUAAACUCAUGAAUAGUUCU